AUGUUUACCACAACGUCGAGGCGCCUCAUCCAGGCGACGGCCAGGCUGUCGGCCAAUGGCCGCCCCCCACUGACCAUCCACAACAACCCAUACAAGACCCGAAAAGUGUGGCCGCCCAACUUUGCCGAGCUGUCGCCGCAGCAGCAGCUCCGCUUCGAGAAGAAAUACAAGCGCCGACUAUACCUUGCGCAUCAUUCCGAGCGAUGGGACAAGGGCGUUCGUCUCUUGCAGUUUGUCAUGAUUACAGGUUCGUCCCACAAGUUCCCCAGACGUGCCCCCCCCCCUCUCCCCCAUCCUAAGCUUUCCCGGUCUGACCAAGCCACAGGCGCUGUCGUCUACGCCCUCUUCUUUGCUGAAUUCGAGUGGUGGGGGAAAACGUACAAGCCAUACGAGGAGAUUGUCCAGAAGACCGCUCGGCUGUUCGGCAUUCUGGGCGAGGAGAAACGAUACGAGCGAAGACUGGACGCGGGGCCGAUCAAUCCCAAGAAGCAGGAGAACUCGGAUUCCAAGUAA